UAUGCUUGUCAACAUGUUAAUUUAUCAUCUCUCACCGAUACAUUCACUGCAUACCUAUGGGUUUCUUCAUCUUCAUAGCUGAAUGUAGCAUCCUGUGCAACUGUUGAUAUGGCAGCUUUUGCAUCUGCAGUUCCCAUUAUCUCUGUUAGUAGCAAAUGUACUUUUGCUACUUCCACCCAAGAAUUCCUGAACACCAAAGACACCAAGAUAGAAGAGGAUGAAAUAAUGGUCUCCUUUGACGUAACAGCCCUGUUCACACCCAUCAACAUCAACCUGGCCAAAGAAACACUGAUGACACUAUUAGAAGAACCGAAGACACAUACACCAGACACCACCAACCUCAUCAGCAAGGACAACAUCAUCAAGCUAGUGGACCUAUGCCUCACCACCCACUUCACUUUCAAUAACAAAACCUACAGACAAACCAACGGUACACCCCUGGGAUCUCCGAUAUCAGGGUUCUUAGCAGGGGCAGUAAUGAAGAGACUCGAACAAACAGCUCUGCCAAUCAUCCAACCCAAACUUUGGGUCCGCUAUGUGGAUGACACCUUUGUCAUCAUUAAACAAAACAAAUUAGAGGAAACCUUCAAGACCAUCAAUAAUACCCUUACUGGCAUAACAUUCACAAAAGAGGAGGAAAACAAUAACAAACUGCCAUUCCUGGAUGUCACAGUAGAGCGAACAGUCAAUGGGGAACUUCAAACCAGCGUCUACAGGAAAACAACACAUACGGACCAAAUACUCAACUACAGGAGCAACCAUCCCAACACCCACAAACGAAGCUGCAUUAGAACAUUAUUCCAAUGAGCCACCACACACUGCAGCACAGAGGAACUACGCAGAGCAGAAGAAAAUCACUUAUACAGCAUAUUCAAAAAGAACGGGUACCCAAUGAACGCAGUCCGCCGAUUUCUCAGCAACAAACCCAAACAAACAGACAAAACGGGCCCAGAAACCAUAACCACUCUCCCCUAUAUCAAAGGCAUCUCAGAAAUGACUGCCAGACUACUCAGACCUCUUGGCAUCAUGGUAGCCCACAAACCCACCAACACACUAAAACAGCAACUAAUAAACUUUACAGACAACAAGCAAAACGAACGUCAUUUACAAAAUACCUUGCAAGAACUGUGACAAACACUACAUUGGACAAACAGGGAGAAAGCUAGCCACGAGGAUACAUGAACAUCAACUAGCCACAAAAAGACAUGACCCACUAUCACUAGUAUCCUUACAUACAGAUGAGCAAGGACACCACUUUGAUUGGGACAACACAUCCAUCCUACGACAAGCCAAACAGAGACACGCACGAGAAUUCCUAGAAGCAUGGCAUUCCAACCGGAACACAAUCAACAAACACAUUGAUUUGGAGCCCAUCUACCACCCUCUGAGGAAAAAGAACAGAAAAUGAUAUCACCAAAGCAGGAAAUGACAUCAACACAGGAAAUGACAUCACCAACCCAAGGAAACCUAAACAGAUAAAUAGAAAGCAGGACAUAACACCAGCGCUUCACCGGAUGCUCACUGAUGAUGUUACCUAGAAUGGUGACAAAGUCUGAAAACGAACCUUCCAGCUCAGCGAGCAAACUUACAUCCAGAGCAAAUGUACUUUAAGGGAUUUUAGUUUAACUUGAUAAAGCCUACUUACGUACAUCUCAUGCUUUAAAAGUUAAUACAUAACAGUCGUUAUGUUUGUGCAUUAUAUAUGGCAACUGCAACUAAUCUUGUCCUUCAAUCUUGUAUUAAGUGCAUCAUUCCCCAAUGUAUUAUAUACACCAUUAUUAAUAUCAUAAUAGUUCUUUGUUCUCCAUGGUAGCAAAGGACUGUCUGUGUACUUCAGGAAAAUAAACCCAUCAAGCACAUUUCUUGGUUGUCUGUCAAACUUAUAGACUCGUUCCAGCUGAUACCACCUUAUUUGGCACACAUUCCCCUUCUUUAGCCAUGGCUGGUGUUUUCGCUAUACUAAAAUGAAUUUCAUAGGAACAAUAAUGAAAAUAUGCUUAGCAAAACAUGCAUUGUGCAGUGACUAAUAUCAUAACCCUCAUGUUUGUUUUUAUUCUUCUAUGUUUGCAACCUCAACGACUCGUAACUGUAGCAACCAAGAAAAGCAUACCAUGUAAUCUGUCAUCCUCAAUACAGCAGGGCGUCAGUAUGUACAACUGUGUAAAUUUAUGGCUUGAUUUUAAAGCCUGACUGAAUUCUCUGUGUGCUGAGAUGUUUAGUAUAGUGAGUUGCUUGUUGAAGUUGACGUGAUUAGUUUCUGUGUGGUACUGGGCUUCUUUCUCGCCUGUGCUGUCUGAGCUGUGUUUUCAUAUGUGCUGUUAAUGUCUGCAUCACUAAACAAUGUGCUAAGCAUUGGAAAUACU